AUGGAGUCCAUUCCCCUGAAAGUUCAGCAGUCGCCAGGAACACCCUUGCGUCCUGUCUCUCCUGAUCGCAUCAAUCAGCAGAAAAUGAAUGGAGCGCCACUACAUGCAUUGGAGCUCUCUCCCCUUCAGCAAAAGCACAUGCGGACGAAUUCAGAUGUGCAAGCGAAAGUGGCUUUUCUCAACCAUCUUUCGAGAGCCAGCACCCCAGCUCACUCUCAUCCUUCUUCCACCACAUCGGCUGCUCUUCACAGAGCCAUAUUAGGACGGGAAGAGGCCGAAGCGUCCCUUCAAGCCACGAUGGCCGAGCUAUCAGAAGCCAAUUUACGAGAACGAAAAGUCAGCGAACGUCUUGAAUCUUUAAUGGAGGAAUUACAUUCUCUGAAAGAGAGACAAGCUCAUGAACGGGUGGUGUUCGAAAAAGAAGUCAGAAGAGCAAGGAAAGAAGCGUUCCGGGCUGGAUCGGCGCUAGUAAAGGCUCAAGAAGAACUUAAGUCGUCAAGAGGCGAGGUAAAAGUUUUAAAAGAGGAAGUUAGGUGCGAGAGAGAGGCAAAGGAGAAGGCGACACAGGAAGCCUUUGAACGUGCAUACGCAUUAGCUGGGCUGACGGAAGAACUAGAAAUAUUGAAGGAGAAAAACCGCUCUUUUGAACCCGAUAAUCAGUCAGAUAUAUUGGAGGCAAGGGUGGAGGAAAUAAAAGAACAACCCAACCCCAGGACUCCUUUGGCAGAGAGGGACAUGGGUAUAUGUUCUCCAAAAUCAAUCCGGCUAAAACGUGACCAAAUGCUGGAGUCUGGACAUUUAAGCAACCGCACAAGCGGUAUUAACCAUCAAAUAACAAGUUCCCGGAUGGGAUCCCCACUCAAAAUCAAGACGUCGCGGCGCACUUCCUCUAAAGAAAACGAGGAUCCCGAACUAUCCACUGAAAAUGAUUAUCUUCUUAGAGAGUUGAAGGAGGGCAUCGAAUGGGAAAAGCGGUUGCGUUUGAAAGCAGAGGAUAUGGUGCACUUCCUCAAGAUGGAGUGCCAGUUUCAUCGGUGCUCUUGUCGUCUAGCAGAAAUGCAAGGAGUCAAAUAUAUACACGAUACCGAAUGGGAAAACAUGAAUCGAAUUACAGAAGAAAGAGGCGCCCAGCUGUUUCCAAACCACCCUGGUCCUUCUCAAGAGGUUGAAACUAGAAAUCAAAUACCAUCCCCUAUUCCUCAGCCCCCUUCAACUGAUUCUGCAAAUGACACCAUUCCAACGGAAUUGCAAGCUACGGAGCCUGAAGUGGCGUUCUGUCCACAUACUGGAACAUUUAAAGCUGUUUCGCCCUCUAAAGCUCAAAACAACCCUGGUGCAGAACGAUCCGUUCACCAACAAAUAAUUAGUCGGGAACAUUCACCUUUGCCGGCCGUUUUCCAGUGCUACAAAACCCCCGAGGCUGAAAUGAAAGAACUCAGACAACUCGAACAACAAAUGGACCCUCCACGCCAAGCACAUUACCCUCCCCACUCCAUCGCACAACAAUCACCGCAACCUCCGGCUACCCUCGAACCGGCAAGUUCCUCCCGCUCCUUUCUUCGAAACCUGCAUCUCGAAACAGCCCAAUUUCCAGCAAGGGCGGAACAUGCUGACGCUCGAACGCCGAACAUGUCAGAGUCCGUGACAGUAUCUGCUACAAAAACUGUCCCAAUCCAUCCUGACGAUUACAUUUCGAAUGCGAACUUCCCUAUCCUUGGAACCCCUAUCACACGAGAAGAAGCACUGGCGCAAAUACGCGCAAGAAGGAACCGUGCACAAUCACUGAAGAGGUCUGCAAGUGCGAACGAUGCCCCUUCUCGCUCCUUUUCACGUCCUCAAUCCCGAAUUGCAAAUUCGAGUACGACGCCUAUGAGUGGGUCCCGAAGGACUCCUGGAAUGGAGACGACGACGGGUAGUAGGCCAGCCAGCCGGGUGGUUAAAAGAGAUUUCAGUGCACCUAUUGGCAGCAGGUAUUGA